UCUCCCUCCGGCGAUACUAGGGUUUUUGCCGCUGAUUCGUCCAGAGAAAGAGAGGAGAGAAAAAUGCCGGCCGGUCAUGGAGUUAGGGCACGAACUAGGGAUCUGUUCGCGAGGGGUUUUAGGAAGAAGGGUUACAUCCCACUGACCACGUACCUCAGGACCUUCAAGGUCGGUGACUAUGUCGAUGUCAAAGUCAAUGGUGCUGUUCACAAGGGCAUGCCUCACAAGUUCUACCAUGGCCGCACGGGUCGGAUCUGGAACGUCACCAAGCGUGCUGUCGGCGUCGAAGUCAACAAGCAGGUGGGUAACAGGAUAAUCAGGAAGAGGAUCCACGUACGUAUCGAGCAUGUGCAGCAGUCAAGAUGUGCAGAGGAGUUAAAGCUGAGGAAGAAGAAGAAUGAUGAGCUGAAAGCUGCGGCCAAGGCCAAAGGCGAGGUCAUCAGCACAAAGAGACAGCCUGAAGGACCCAAACCCGGUUUCAUGGUCGAAGGUGCAACCUUGGAGACUGUCACUCCGAUCCCGUACGAUGUUGUCAACGAUCUCAAGGGCGGCUACUAGUUCCUCUACUACAUGCCAUGCCAUACCAUAGCUAUUCAGAUAUUUGCAGUUUAUCUCUGUUUUCUUUCCUUCCGAGUUUUCUGUCCGUUUGUUGUUUUGUAGUAACUUUGUCUCCGACCAAAGUCUUCAAGUUAUAUAUGCAAAAUACAGUUGGCAGAGUGCGUUCCGAUUGUUAUUUAGUGGAAGUUUUGUCACUAA